CCAGUAGUUACACAAUUACUUCCAAACAGAAUAUUUUGAAGAUAGAAGGGUUUCAUCAUAUCCAAUUCUCUGUCCAUCGGCGGCCUUUUUGGGUUUCUUCUCAUCAAAACCCUAGAAAGCUUUACUAACUGAUCGGAGAGGACGAAUUGGGUUCAUUACAAUUGCUUCACUCACACUCACAUAAUUCAAUUCAAUUCAGUUCUACAUUGAGGAUUUUGUAUAUUUGGAGAGAGCUAAAUUGUAUGGAUCAUCCAGUGUUCAUUUCUCGCCGUAUAAAACCAACUCUGGAACUGAAUCCAGAUUGGACAGAUCUUCCAGACCAUAUUUUAGACUUCAUUUUUGAGAAGAUAAAAACAGUGAGAGAUUCUUUGAUAUUUGGUACUAUUUGUGUUAAGUGGUACCAAAUAUUUAUGCAUAAUCGAAGUAAGUUAGUCAAAUUGAUUCGUCAUUUGGAACCAAAGCUCUUAUUUCCCAUCGAAAGCGAAGCUCACAAUUCUUGGAGUGUGUGUAGCAUAAACUCAGAACACAAGAAUGUCUUUGGGUCGGAUUUGCUACUCCCUUCCUAUAAUAAACCGUUUUCAGGGUCAUCGGAAGGAUGGUUGGCCACUCUGGAUGAUAAUUUUGGAUUUACAUUAUUCAAGCCAUUUAUGAGAACUGAGGAAAGAAGUACUGUUCACCUUCCUCCAUUGUUUCCUCCAAGUGAUGCAUUAGUUGUGAAGAAGUUAUUGGCUUAUCGUGAAUACUAUGUCAUGAAGUUCACAACAUUUACACCAGAUCCGGUAUUGAAUCCAAACGAUUUUAUUAUGGUAGCAAUAUAUGGACCUUCGUGUGAAUUGGCUUAUAUUAGAACUUCUAAAGAUGCUGCGUGGACUCAUAUACCUUCUUUACUUGAUGCAUACUAUAGUGACGUUCUUUACUACAAUGACACAUUUUAUGCUCUAUAUGACAAGGGCGGGCUUGUUGCUUUUGACAUUUCAGAAGAUUCGUCUCAGGCUCAACCAAUUAUGAAGCUGAUUGUUAGAAAUAGAAUGACUCCAGCAGAGAAAAAUCGUUAUGUUUGUAGAAGAUAUUUGGUGGAGUCGUAUAAAGGAGAACUUUUGCAAGUUCAGAGGUAUCGUGAAAGUCGUGUUGCUCAUGUCACAAAAGAAUUUAAAGUUUUCAAACUUAGUUUUGAUCAGUCUCAGUGGGUUGAAAUUAACUAUUUAGAAGAUGAAGCUUUAUUUAUUGGUGAUAGUACAUCGGUGUCUGUUGAUACAUCAUCAACUUCUACACAAUGCCAGAGUAAUUGUAUAUACUUCGUCGAUGACAAAGAUACAAUUGGUUUUGAUGUUGGACCUUUAGAUUGCGGGGUGUACAAUCUUAAAACUCGUAGUGUUUUCCGUCUUUUCAGUAUUGAUGUGAGACUCUUCCCAAAAAUGAGUGAAAGAAUACCAUUUUGGGUUGCACCUACCGUAUUCAGUAGAGGGAGUGAAGCUCAGAAAGGAACAAGUUCACAUCAUCGUCAACAAGGUCAGCAAAAGUUGUUUAUCUCUUAACAAAGUGUUCUCACAUUGUUAAUAUUCAGUAGAGAGAAACACUGUUUGUCAAUAUUCUAUUUGUUCUUUUUUUGUUUUGUGUUUUGAAUAGUGAGAUGUGACUUAGAUUUUAUCACUGGUGUUAAUAUAUAUGACAUGAGAGUACCUUUGUUAAUGAUUAAUAAUAGUUAAUGGUUGUUUAGAUUUCA